AUCGCCCCAAGUCGUCACGUCUCCCCGGCGACCUCACGCGUUCCUUCCCACAAGCUUUCUAAAGCUUACCUGUAAUCUCAACAGCACACUGCAGCCAUGCAUCCAGGCGACCAACACAAGCUCCCGGGCUACACCCAGAAUCCGUACGAGGAGAAGCAGAUAUCACCCUACACCGCGAUCGAGAUUGCGACGCUGCAGGCAAAGCUAGAUCAACAGCUAGGGCCGGAAUUCAUCUCGUCCAGGCCGGGUGCGGGUGGAAAGAAGGUCCAUUAUAUCCAGGCCGAGAAAUGCAUCAACCUGGCGAACCAGGUCUUUGGCUUCAAUGGAUGGUCGAGUAGUAUCACGAAUAUGGAGGUCGAUUUUCUUGAUCAAUCGAAAGACAGCAAGUGGAGCAUCGGCAUAUCAGUCACGGUUCGGGUCACACUCAAGGACGGGACGUUCCAUGAAGAUGUUGGGUACGGCCAAAUGGAGAACGGAAAGAAGGCACAGGUUUUUGAGAAGGCAAAGAAAGAGGGAACCACAGAUGGUCUCAAGAGAGCACUGCGAUCGUUCGGAAACGUCCUCGGGAACUGUCUCUACGAUAAGGACUAUUUGGCAAAGAUCACCCGAGUGAAGGCACCGCCUACUGUGUUCAACGAGAAGAGACUACACCGACAUGGCGAUGAAAUGAAGCCCAGCCCUGUGGAACAACAAACAGUAAAAAACGAGUCGGUGACUGCUCCCCCGACUUUGGCCACGAAGGAAGUAGCUACCCCCCUAGAGCCAUUUGACGAGUACGGUGGAGAUGAGCUCGAGGAGUUGGGGAUAUUUGCUGGAGACGACAGUGUCUUUGACGAUGUGAUGCCCGACGAGGUCGCCGUCGACGUAAGGGAUAAUAGUCCUAUCGAUACACCAUCAAAACCUGCUCCUGUACAAAGCACAAAUUAUACACGACCCCAACCACAGCAACCGCCACAAUCUCCAACCAAGAUGCCUCAGCCGCGUCAACAGCCAGCACCAGUGCGUUCGUAUGCACCUCCUCCACCAAUCGCUGCCCCUCUCAGGCCGGGUCAAGGCACGAACUUGGGUCCUCAACAAGGCCCAGGCCCACAUGCUCAGUCAAGGCCGGUGUCUAGGCCUCCAGCUCAAGGACCUCAAGGCCGCCCAGGUAUGCCACCUACCAAUCGAGCAACUCCUGGGGCGACCACCACCCCGCGACCUCAACAACCUCCCCAGGCUGCCCCACGGGCCCAGCCGCCGCCUCAGGCCGCUUUACGAGCCCCACCACCUCCCCAAGCCGGCCCACGUCAACAACCUCCUGCUCCAACUGUACCGCGAGCUCCACAGCCUCCUCCCCAAGCUGUUCCGCGAGCUCAACCACCUCCCCAGCCCACCAACCACCAGCCCGCUGCCGCACCUAUUGACCCUAUGCCUCAACCCCCAAGCACCCCCUCCAAUAUCCCGCACAACCCCCCGAUAGGCUUCUUCACCGGCCGGGCCGCCAUGAACCUCAAAAGCGAGCAAGACAUGAUCCCCGACGCGGCACCAGCUUUCAACCCACACCGUCCCACCACACUCCCCCGUUCCGCAGGAAUAGACCACAGCAAGUCCUCGCCCGUUCCCCGGAAAGUUCUGCAGCAGGGUGGAACACCCAACUUCCAGCACCCAAGCUUAACCCCCGGACGACAAAUCGGCAUGCCACCUGGACGGGGCGGAUUCCGUGCUCCCGGACUGGCCGCGGGAACGAAGCGGAGUGCGGAUGCUACUGGCGGCAGACCAGCAUUGGGAAACACACCUGGACACCAACUGAACGGCCAACCACACCCGAACGGAGGUAACGAUCCGAAGAGACCAAGGAACUGAAUCGAUGUUUGAUUAUUAUUAAUAUUGUUAGGAGCAUUUCUUUUUGCUUGGGCUUCUCUAGAGGGCGUUCUUUGAUGAUGCUGGUACUGAACUUAGGGGGGAAUUUGAUCGGAUGCUUUACUUCCACUUUUAUUUUUACUUUAUUGCUAGCUUGUUUGUUUGUUUGUUACAUCUUGCUUUACCUUAUAAUGUUUUUCUGGCCUGUUACUCUCACAUGAACUUUCAUCACAUCACAUCACUAGAAGCGUGUUAGGUAUG